AUCUGAGCACAGUUGAAUUCUGCAAUUCAAAGUAUUCUCAACUUCAGCGAAGAUGGCUUUUAAGAGGUGUUUGACUCUGCUGCUGCUGGUCAGUUGCCUGGCAGCUCUGGUGACUGCUCGAUUGGACUUUCCCGAAGCAGGACCCGGCUCUCCAAGAGUCCGGAUAAUUCGUAGCGAACGUACGCCUCAGCGUGGUUCGGUGGUGGUGACGGCCAGCAAGGAUCAGUCAGGCCGCCAGGCGGGCGUUCAAUACAAUCACAAUCUCUAUACCAGUCGAGAUGGGCGUGGCAGAAUCGAUGCCUACGCCAAUGCCAAUAGAAACUUCGACCAGAAUCGCAAUAAUUUCGGUGGCGGCGUGCAAGGCAGCUGGCGUUUCUAAUAAAGUGCAAAUAGAUAUAGAAGAGCCGUGACUAUUUACUUAAAUCGGAAUUGUGGAAUUGUGAAUCGUGAUUUAUGUUCCAACUGCUAAUUUCUGAUUUCGAAAAAGUCCACAGAUUAUGCUGUGAGGUCUCUCUGAGGCCAUUCCUCUGAUAAGAAAGUCUGAGAUGCAUGG